CCUUGAUAUCAUAAAUUUUGUCUCAAUCCUGAUAAUCUUUCCUAUUGCGCUAAGUGGCUUUAAGACUAACAGUUCUCGACUGACUCCCGUAAAGGAUUGUUUAGUCUCUGAUGAAACUGUACAGCGGCAUGGAAAAACAACUAAAACAGGAGUUCUUUGUCCUUAGAUCUUUCGAGUAGAUUUUUAAAGAUUUCCACCGAAAAAUAUAACUCCUCCACCGAGGUCUAAAAGCAUAAAAUAUACACAUAUAAACAUGACAUGUCUGAAAUGUCCGAGCAGGCAUAAUCAAUGUUAUCGUCACACAAAACUCCCACAUCUUCCAAAUUGGAAAUCUAUAGAAAUCAGUGCUGAGCUACACUAUCUUUCCUUCUUAAAGAUCAUGUUUUACCACUUUUAAGACGUGACCACGUAACAUUUCAUACCUUAUUAGCGUGUUUAUAGAUUUUCUUAAACAUAAUUUCUUAGUCGCUUCCUGUUCAUGACCCUAAUCCGAUGGUUCCCUCAAAUCCUUGGGAUAAUUACAUAAACGUAAGCGGACCUGUUCCAAUUUCGAAACAACUCAGUAUUAUGCUUGGGUGAGAUUCUUAAAACAUCAGGUCAGAAAGGAAAUCUAUGGCUGCUCUUGUAAUGAAGUAGUAACAGGAAUCUUUGCAUUUGGCAACCGAAUUUGCAUUUGGACUUUUCCAGAGUGGAGAAAAUAAACAUACUGUUUUUUUGCACAUACUCCCUACAAGUUAGUGUUAAUUUGCAUCACUUCUGUUGACUUCGUGUACAUCCUUACCUCUUCAAAGUUUACUCAGUGAGUUCCCUACCCGUCGAGAAACAUUUAAGAGCAAAGCUGUAAGUUUGACAAUUUUUUUCAUGCAUCAGCAUUAUAAUCCUUUCAAAUGCGUGAGUCUGACAGAAAAACCUGGAUAAUCCCUUAUUGGACAGCCACCUUAAGGGCUGGUUUGCCAUUUUUCUAAUUGAUAUAGAGAUUAAAGCUGACAGAAAGCGGUAUGUACAACCCAAUCACAUAACCAAGCCCAUCACUCAUACGUGUUUUGCUUGGUAUAAGAAGACGGAUAUAAAUUAAUGCUUUGAGACUAAACUCGAGUUGAAGUCGGAUAGCUUGCAAUAUGGAAUUUACUUGGCCAGGUUUUUUGCCUUGUCUUGGCUGUCCCCAAUGUCUAACGUCAAGGUUUUUUGAAGGACCUCCACGAAAACAACGUCGUGAACGUACGACUUACACCAAGGCUCAGCUUGAAAUUUUGGACGAGCUGUUCGCCAAAACAAAAUAUCCGGACAUCUUCAUGAGAGAGGAAGUUGCUAUGAAAAUUAAUCUUCCGGAAAGCAGAGUGCAGGUAUGGUUUAAAAACAGAAGGGCUAAGUUUCGACAGCAAAACAAGCAACAACAAGGCGCCCCAAGCAAGCCUAAACCAACAGUAGCAAAGCCAAGAAAGAGCCCCACACCACCUACUUCACAGCAUGUCCAAGAUCCAUCGCCAAAGCCGCCCCCCAUAACACAAGCACCCGCACAACAGUUCAACAGCUUUACCUUUAAUGGCCCCAAUUGGCCUAGCAAACACAACAUGCAAGAAAUGGCUAACUUUCAUAGACAGGCCAACUAUCAAAAAUUUAUUAAUAACGGAAUGAAUGGAUUUCCAACGUCUAAUUUUGGCCCUACUUCGCCGCCACAAGCUCAUUUCUACCCAAACCACGAACAAUACUUCUCUUAUAUGUCAAACGCUGGACCUGUCUCAAACGAGAUGUCCCGGAAUCGAUUAGAAUCCACUAUGAUGUGCUAAAAGUUCUAAUGUUUUAUCAAAUUUGCCACUAAGCUUUAUAAAGCUUCAGUAGAAUUUUAAAUGUGUAUUAUGCCAUAUGACUGUGUAUAGAGAAGCUCUUUUUCGAACUGACGAAAAUAGAGAAAGUAUUAUUGGCUGGGCAAGAAAGAAGAAGUUCUGAUUUUAACCAUUCAAACAGCCCCUAUAUCCUGUUUUGUCAGCAUGUUUCAUUUACAUAAUUUUUACAAAACAUCAGCUCUGUGGUAGGUUUCCGCAUGUCUGUUCAGGUUUCUUUUGGUUUAAGUAACCUGUAAACACUUAACACAAUUCUCUGCCACAUAAACUUUGAAACUUGAACGAAGUAGUUAUUCUUUUCUCACCAGUUAGUAAAGUUCAAAACUUCGGAUAAUCUUAGUGGGUUCUACGUAGCUUAUACCUAGUCUGAUCUUAUGCUUAGUAGCACAAAGCAUCUUCAGUGUCAAUUGUGAACAAGAUUAAAACACUUCGAUUUUAAUGCUUUGUUCCUUCGGACCUAAGGAAGUAUCUAUGCACGUCUUUCGCAGAGUUGAGAUUUAUAUAAGUGAUUAAAGUAUAUUGCUCAUAAUAAAGAACAAUGUGAGUCAUGAGUGUAACUUCAAUGAGGGUUUUUUUUUUUUACUUUCGCACCCGCUUUCAGGUGGAUCUAUAGAAUGCCAACAAUUCACAUAAUAAUAUAUAUGUCAAGAUAUAUGUACUGAGGAAAGAGUUUAAAUAUUGUUCUAAAACUAUGAUAUUCGAUAAAUAAACCAUUAAGUUGUUUUCUUAAGCUA